GCUGAAUUCUCAGAGUUGAACCUCGCUGCCUACGUUACCGGGGGCUGUAUGGUGGACAUGCAAGUCGUGAGAAAUGGGACCAAAGUUGUAAGAUCCUUCAAGCCGGACUUCAUCCUGGUCCGCCAGCACGCCUACAGCAUGGCCCUGGGUGAAGACUACCGAAGCCUGGUCAUCGGCCUCCAGUACGGAGGGCUGCCCGCCAUCAACUCCCUCUACUCCGUCUACAACUUCUGCAGCAAGCCCUGGGUGUUCUCUCAGCUCAUUAAGAUCUUCCAUACCCUGGGUCCUGAGAAGUUCCCGCUUGUGGAGCAAACAUUUUUCCCCAACCAUAAGCCAAUGGUCUUGAGCAAUGGCUUACUGUCCAUGAGCCUCAGCUUCCUCAGCUGA